UUAUAUAGAAAAAUACAAAUUCAUUUUUAAAGGGAAGUAACAGUUAUGACAAAAAGGAAGGUUUCGUUUAAGACCCCAAGCGAUCAAGCAGAAUGUUCAGAAAUGAAAUCAAGGCGUUUUAUGGAGAAUCAGGUUUCUGACAGUGAUGAGGAGGACUCUGAUGGUGUUGAAAGUGCUGCUAUUUUAAAUGAUGAAGAUAUUGAAGGGCAGGAGGAAGAGACUGUUAGAGAUGAUGAUGGCAUUGUUGUUACACCAUUCAACUUAAAAGAUGAACUAGAAGAAGGUCAUUUUGAUGCUCAAGGAAACUAUAUUGCUAAUAAAGUUGAUGAAAAUAUUACUGAUGGCUGGCUGGAUUCAGUUGAUUGGAGCAAAGUGCCUAGCAACCGCAAUGUGUUAAAUGAAGAUUCAAUGGAAGAUUUACCAGAUGCUGACCCAUUGAAAAUGAAGAAAGACAUGUUGAGUUUCAUGAACCCAGGAGAAACAGUGUUAAAAUCAUUAAGGCGUCUUGGUGGCAACAAGAAACCUAUAAGCUCUGCUGAUCGGUGGAAGAAAAAAAAAGCAAAUGUCCCGAUUGAUGACAAUGAAGCAAAAAGUAAAGAAAGCAUGCUAAAAUUAACUGGCCUAGCAGAUGAUGUUUUACAAAGUGGAGACUUUCAAAUAUAUGAGAAAUCUUAUGAACAAUUAGCUUUUGAAACUAAAGAUAAAUUAUCUUCUCAGUUUGAAAAUGCUGAAGAACAAGAUGAUGAGGAUGAGCUAGAAGCAGCUUUUAGAUCUGCAGAUCAAAAAAAUAAAGAUAAUCAACUGAUCGAAAAAGUUAAAAGUCCUCCAAGAACUAUAGAGACAAAAAAAAAGGAUGAAGUCCUUUGGGAAUACAGACUUGAAAAUAAAGAAGAAUCUGAAGUGUUUGGAUGUUUUACUUCUUCACAGAUGCUAGCGCUUCAGGAUGCCGGAAAGUUUGAAAAGGAUGUUUUUUGUAGGAAAGUUGAUUCUAAUGGGCCAUUUUAUUCCUCAAAACGGAUUGAUUUUGAAUUAUACAUCUAAGUAAUCUAAAACUUUUUACUUUUUUUUCUUUUUGUAUGUUUUUACUAGCAUACUACUAAAUAUAUUAAACUUGGUUUC